GAAACAUUUUGGGCGGUACGUUGUAAAUACUAUGUAAAGGAAUCAUGAGAUGAAAUUUGUAAUCUAUAACAAGUGCAUAAUCUGCUUUACGUAUUCGUUCUCGAAUCUAAUGCAUAGAAGGCGACGAGACGAUACAUUUUGAAACACGGGAGCAAGAGAGAAAAAUUUUCCUAGUGGUGGGUGCGUGUCGGUCUCGCUGGUCGAGUCGCUGAGUCGCUCGAGUCGCCAGUCUUUGACGAACGGUGUGAGGAGUCGCUGGAUGCGCGUACUGGUGAUAAUAAAUGCUUCUUUUGCCCCCCCAUCGGCGAAUUUCUCGAUGAUGAUGUGCGGAUGCGAGGGCACAGUGUCCACCAUAGCCAUUAGAGGUGCAGUGCAGUGCGAUGUUUCCGGAGUGGGAGUGAGGGGCGUGGAGGGAAGGCCCUGCUGAGGCGCUGGGAAGGUGGCGGCGCGGGCGAGGGGCACGUCCGACCUUCUUCCUGUACCAGCAGUGUUUACCAGCUGUACCGGAGCUGGACACACACCACCUGGUUGUGGUCUGAACUCUAGGGUUCGCCCGUUAUUUAUUGAAUUAUUUAUUCGAACGCUUUCUGAGCGUUGGUCCCUUUAAGGCCUCGCGUCCGGCCGCGGCGUGACGCCCGAAAACUUUUUAACAGAACGAAACAAACGACACCAAUUUGAAACACGGAAUAGUGUUGGAUUACAGGUGAACAGUGCAGUGAAUUGUGUAGUUGCAUUUGAGUGAUAAAGAGCCACGAGACAAAACGUGGAAGGAAUCUAUCGAGACAGUGCGUGGAAUGAGGACCAGUUGUGGACGAAGCUGGCCCAGCAGAAAAGUUUGCGAAGUGAACUAAAACUUUUAACGUAAAGUACCGCACGAGCCACGUGUCUCUACUUCACGUCUGUGAACGUGCCGUCUCGUGAGUAUUUGUGUGAAUGGUCCUGGAAACAGGUGUCAUUUGACACUCCCUUUUACUUAUCUGAGAGUGAACUUCAGUGAAAAUAAGACAGAACGUCAGUUGGAAUGAUAUUAUCCAGGAGAGCGCGGAUGGGCGCCUCUACGAUGCUUCCCAAUCACACCACUCAUGACAACUUCUACUGACUAUGUUGGGCUGGGCCCGUGUGUGCAGGACCCGGCAUGGGUCAAGAUGAGUUCCCCGACCCCGGCCGUGUCCAAGAAACGCAAGAAGCCAGAUACCAAGCCUCAGUCACAAAUCAACAAGUGCCUUAAUGAGAAGCGUCGUCGAGAGCAGGAGAACACGUACAUCGAGGAGCUGGCAGAAUUAAUCCAAGCCAGCAUCGCCUCUGACAUGAGCUCGCUCUCUGUCAAGCCGGACAAGUGCGCCAUCCUGCAGCAGACGGUCAACCAGGUACGUCCCCCUCCCUCCCUCCCUCCUCCCUCCUCCUCCCUCCUCCUUCAGUCCCCCUCCUCUCUCCCCAACUCCCCCUCCCCCCAUAUCUACAUAUGCUUCCUACUCCCGCUUUUCCUGAGCCACUUCUCUUUCUUUUCCACUCCCCCUUCCCUCGCUCCUCCUCCUCAUCACCAUCACCAUCACCAUCACCAUCAUCACCAUCACCAUCACCAUCACCAUGCCAGGAUACUCCGUCUACCGCUGCGCGUGACCCUCUAUGCGGAAAUCCAGGUGCAUGUAAGGAGGCGCCUCGACGCACGUCUCCUGCCCCUCUGCCCAUCACCUUCCUCGCUGAGCCAGUCUCCUACCUGCCGUUGGGAUCCUGGCGGCUGUCCCGAAGGAUUACGCGUGCUCCACCUCUCCUUGCCUCCUAUUUUCGCGUCUCCUCCGAUCCGUGUUAACUAUCAACUAGAGAUUUUAUGCAUUCCGAGGCGUGUUCGAGCCGAUUUCUGCGUGUUCGCGUGCAGCGUCACUCCCCCUCCUUCCGCCGUUCCCUCCCCGGGCUGUGUUCUUGGCUCGAGCCCUGCCGUUCUGAUCGAGGCGAUGGAGGCGCUCGUCCUCGCGAUAAAGAUUCCGCACACGCGAGACCGGAGCUGGCGGCGAGAACUGAAAGCGCUUCUGGCGUUCAUACGGCCUGUUGAGCAGUUAAGGCCACGAAGACGAAAACCCGCCAGUAGCGAAAAGAGUAAGAACCCGGAGAGGCUUAACGUGGGCACUUUCACCUUCAACGCACAGCGGGCAGGUGGCGCACGAGGAACACGGAUGCGCCCUGUUCCAGCAGCACCCACAUUUAUGCAAGCCAACAAGUGCCUCAUCAAGAUAAAAGACGGAGUGGCUGAGGUCUUGAAAGUCUGUCGAUUGAUGUUGCUUGCGAUGGGUAUUGAGAGCUUGAGGAUAGGAGGAGCCUUCCUGUGGUCUUCUGUAAGAAUUACUACACUUUUGGCUUUGGGACGUCCUUUCCCCAGUAGGAUCAGUACCCGGGGUCCAUGCGGUCACCGUUUAUGGUGGAGGGACAUGGCGCGACUCUGUGAUCUAAUGGUAGAAGCCAUCACGACUCGCUGUGCAACCCUGAAAUUGGACAAGCUGCCGAUCUUCUGGUGCUUGUCAGCGCCUGUUCCUACAACACUCAUUUCAUUAGCAUCGCACACAACACUCCACACUACAUAUCCUGCAACCAGCUUUUCCUCCGCGCCACAUGACGAGAGUGGUGGCGGGGCGCUCAAGGUCCUGCCGUUACUCUUCAGUUUUGAGUCUUGCUCACACCAAAGCUACUGCGUAUUCGUCUGGGCCCCUCUGUUAUCGUCCUUAACCAUUUUACGUCAUUGCCCUCCCACACGCGGCGCAACGAUUCAGCUGUACCCCCACAUCUGUAGAAGCUGUAGAAUCGUGCAUCGUCAAUUGGAAAUACGCUUGUGCCAUGCAGGAGACGACCUGGGCGUUAUUUGCAGAAGAGGAAGGAGACGUCUUGUGUGCGACGCCAUUCUCAUGCACGAUGCCUCGCGGCUCCGCAAAAGGGCUAUUUUAGAGGCAUAUUCUUUAGUAUCCGCAGAGCUUGAGUUGUGGUUCCCUCAUUUGGACGCUGAGUCAUGUCACACUGCGCUACUGCCUUGGGAAUCUGAUAUACAUUCAUCCCCUGAAAACAGAAACCGUCACUGCCUCAGCUCGGAGGCCUCCCCAACCACGGCCCUAAACAACCUCUGGUCCGCCAAGCCCCUGUCGACAUACCUGUCCAUGCCAGGCAUGGACCUAAGGUAUCAACCCCUGCAUCACGCAGCAGUAGCCGCGCAGAACCCCUGGGAGCAGGUGUCCCGAGUCUGGUCCACGUGGGCAUCUCUCGGUGACAUGUGGGUGGCGGCAGCGAUGCUGGAAAGAUGUGUUUGCCGUGCCCAGUCCGAGGCCCGAGUGUCAUUCGAAGGUCUUGAAUGCGCCGCCGAAGGAACUUACUUAGAGAUGUCUCUAAGAUGUUACAAGUCCUUAGAGCGGAAAUAUGAUAAGGUGGAAACGACACUGAGAAGGGAAAAGAUAGAAGAUCCUCAUGAGCUCGGGACACAUCAGCGGGAGGUAUCGAACAGCCCGACCUGCCAGGUGAACCGCGUGCUCGCACCGCGGACUCUCUUCAUUUCUCGAGGCCGUAUCAAGAACCGGACCCUGUGUGGUGGUGCUGAGGUAUCCUGCCGCCACCCCCGGUCUGCCGCCGUCACCAGUUGUACCAUUCUGCCUCCACUGCUGUUCUGCGGUCCCAUGCCUUGUCACUCGCCAAUCCCCUGUGCUGUUCUUCCCUCCAUAUCAGCCGAGACGAGUCGCCGUCUUACCAACACCAUCGUGUUCAGCCAUCUAUUCCACAUCCAUGCAGUAUCACGUGAUAGUUCCACAAAAGCCACGCCGCACUGCAUCAUGCCAAAGUUAAGCUUUACCGUCAUGAGAGACUGGAGGGCACCGUUCGCUUCUUCGGAUAUUCGGCCUUUGGGGAGUUGUAUAUUGGAAGCAGCGCGCUUGGGAUGCGAAGUCGUCCAUAGGAAUAUACUGAAGGCCAGGGUGUGCCAGUUCCCUGGUCAUUUCGGUCUGCGAGUGUUAGAGGAAAUGAAGGGGGACAUCGAGACCAUUUGCCAAUGGCGCUUUAUCGAUGGCGAGAGAAAGGAAUUGAUGUUCAGUACGUCAGGAAUCGAUUACGAAGUAACGCAAGUGGCGGCAGGGAGAUGGCGGGAGAUGGUGCAGGUCCGGUUGCCAGGUCGUCAGUCUUUACCUAAGUUCCGGCACACCUUCCCCCCCCCCCCCCCCAACACAUCUGCUCACCUGUACCCAUUUAAACCUCCAAACCACGACGGCUUUGAGUUCCUCCUCAAAGCCGAGACUACUUCUCUUCCACCUCCGGCCCCACCGCCCAUCUUCCAUCUUCGACCUCUGGCUCCACCGCCUCCUCCUCUGACAACGCCAUCCUUAGGUCACUCCUCAGCAUUCCAUGCCCCCAUCAUCCUCCGUCGCCUCUAUAAGGUCCCGAAGUUCCCUCCCUCACCCAUAGCAGCCCAGAGGAACCCCCUUCCCCCUGAGCGUGUCCUUCUCGGCACCAUUCAUUACCACGCCGACAAUGAGAGGAGCCGUCUCAUUAAGGAAACAUUCCACCCCGCGGUCCACCGCUGCCUCCUCCCUCUUCCUCCGUAUCUUCCUCCUGCACCAAGAUGUCGUUCCUUGCCUCAGCGCUCCGCCGCCUUUCGAUUACAGUUACCGGAUCGUCGCACCACUACCAUCACCGCUCCUGCAGCUGCAUUAGUUCGCGUCUCAUUGUGUUCCCGCUAUGCUUGUUUGGUGCUCAUGUUUGAUGCACACCUGGUUUCGCGGCCCCUGCACCCACGCCACCAGCAACCGCUGUCCUCUAUUCUGCCCGUCCCCAACAGUUGUUCUAGUCAUAAUUUACCUUAUAGUUUAUAUUCUUUCAAAGACCAGGAGGAGACUAUGGAAGAGAAGCAACAGCGGGUAUCCCAGUAUGAGAAUAUGCAGAUUUCUGCUGUGCUUCUGCCGCCAUCAUAUUUAGUGGAUAAAGGUAAUAGCGAAUCUUUUGAGGGUGAAGGACAACAGUGUCUAGUUUGUUUGGUUCGGCGUAUUCCACCCAACGAACGGAUCCAAGGCACCCCAGUUGAACAGUUUACCACCAAGCUGGACACUCAGGGUACCAUUAUCGCCCUUGACGCCAGUGGAGUGUCCCCCAGAUAUAGUCAAUAUAUAAACAAGGAAAGAAUUGGUGAACAAUUUGAAGAUUUAAUAGCCCCAGGAGAUAUCGGGAAGGUCACAGGUCACUUGGGGGAAGCUUUGCAUUCAGGCCAAGCAACAUCCCAGGUGUAUCGUGUAAAGGUUGGAGGAGAUAGAUUUAUACGAGUACAGACAAAGUCAAAACUUUUCCGUGAUACAGACGGAACUCAACCAGAAGGGAGCUUCAUCAUGGCAACACACACGAUAAUUGGACCCUUCCAAGAAGGUGGUGCAUCAGCAACUUCAGAUAGACUGCUUGCAGGUACCUCUGGUAAUGGUGGAAGUGUUCUUGAUGAGUCACAAGGUGGAAGACCAAGUAGUACAGGUGGUGUUGUUGAUGACUCGAGUGUAUCUUUCGGUGAUAAUGGACGCUUAAGAAGACUUCUUAGUCAUGGUGAUGAUAGUGGAGACCUGUCUUCUGCUGAUGGUCCAAAUAAAAUCCUCAAAGACCUUCUAAACCAAAAAGAUGAGGAUGAUACCCAAGGGGGUGGGACUGGUAGUGGAGAUUCAAUACGUUUGUUUCAUCGUAUACCCCAUCUAGACUCUAAGCCAAACACCACCUCAUCACCUGCAGCAAAUUCUAGGGAUAAUAACAUGCUUAGAGAACUGCUGAACAAUGAAGAUGAAGAUAAUGAAAAGAAAAGCAGCGAUGACAUCUGGGAGUUAUUGAACACACCAGAGGACAAGAAGCCAGACCUUACAUCUGAGUUCCGGCCGCCCCAGGGGCCUCCUGGGGGACCCAUGCAGACUGUCAAUUCAACUUCUUCGUCAUCCAAUCCCAAUACUUUAUCCUCCACUUCAUCAAGUAAUCCUCAACCUCUGAACUCCAGUGGAGUGCCACCAAGACCCCCAAGUAGAGACUUGCUACCAGCGUCAAAUAUGUUGCGAGGAAUGAAACGUCCAAGUGAUGAACCACAUGAUGGGAACCCAAAUAAACAUCAGGUACUUGGUGCAUUUGAAACCAUGCUAGGUCCUUCACCACCAGCUACUUCCAUGAGUCCUGCACCAGUGCAACAUGGAGGGCCUCCUACUCCACAUGGGGGUCCAUCCACACCUCAUGGCCCUCCAACUCCCCUAGGUGGACCCCCAACACCACAUGGAGGCCCCCCAACUCCUCUUGGAAAUAAUACUGGUGGGAAUAUAGGGCAUGUAGGAUCAGGAUCGAGUCCUAAUAAUCAAGGGCAGUCAAAACUCUGGGAGAAGAACAAAAUGUUGGCAUCUCUUCUUGCAAAAGAAAGUCCACAUUCAAAUCCUCCUCGACAAACAACACAGAAUGUAAAUCCAGAAAGCCUGCCUCAAGAAAAGCUUCCAAAGAUCUUAAAAGACAAGGCACAUCCGUCUCCUACAUGGAUGUCUUCGGGUCCCAGCCAGUCGCAGAUUCUGACUCAGAUAUUUGUCAAUGGGCCUGGACAACAUACAAACAUGAAGUCUUCUAACGUGUCAUUGAACCAACAACACCCUCUUGGCACGCCAACAUCUGGAAAUUCAGUACCACAAAGCAACAUGACUUCCCAACACUCCACAAAUGCUCACGGAAGGUUGGGGAUGAAUAAUGUUCCCAUGAAUAGCUCUGUAUCAGUUCCAACCUCCCAUGGUGGUAUGUGGGACAUGGGUGGUAAUAGCAAUGUCUCCGUGGCAGCCUCGUCUGUUUCUACCAAGACGACCACUGCCCUACCAUCUUUUAUAGAUGCCAUGCCUCGUAAUCCUAUUGGGGAUGUGAGCAGUAGUUAUUCUGAAGGAGGUCUACCAUCCAUAACGACUGCUGCUAAUUUUCUAUCAGCUCAAAACAAUGCUGAUGACUUUCUUCCUGAAAGUAUUCUUAAUGAUAUCAUGGAAAUGACAAACAUAUUUCCUGGAAGUGGUUCAACAGAUGAAGUUGGACAGCCCCCUUCAAUAAGCUCAGAUGAAGUGCACCGUCCUCCUACAUCCUCCUCUUACAAUUUAAUGGAGAUUCAAAAGAUCAAGGAGAGCCUCAUCUCAGACUUCGAUACGCAAGCUGCUCCAGCAGUAACUGGUCCGGGUUCCUUGCCGCCUUAUACUGCUGUUGCUUCUGCCUCUUCCAUUGGUAACUACCCACCUCCAUACACCCAGCGGACGCGGUUUCCAAAUGCAGGUCCUGCUGGUGCGCCUGGCGGAGGGACUAAUGUAGUAGGGAGUAUGAUUAGAUCCAGUAAUCAACAGUUUUCUCCUGGGAGUCCUCGACCUAAUAUGAGCAACCAGCGAACAACACUUAUGAGACAGCAGGAUAUGAGAAAACGGCUUAUACAACAACAACAAAAUCAGGUGCUGGUGCCCACACCUGCUUCAGAUGUGACCCAGCCUCCAACUUCUUACCAGAACAUGGAUGACUUGUUUAACAACACUAUUGCACCAAAUGUGAAUGUCACUCUCCAGCGUAAUGUAGCAGACUCUCAAACUUCUCCAAAUUAUAAUAUCCUGGGAAAUUCUCCAAUUGGAUGUGGGGGACAAAUAUCUCCUGGCCAACGGAUUCCUCAGUCACCAUUUUCACCUGUAGGUCAGACCACAUCACCUCUUCCCACGCAACAAUAUUCAAAUAGUGGGCAGAUAGGCAGUUACCAGGCACAAAGCUCACAGCUGUCUCCUAGAUUAUCCCAGGGGUCCCCUGCCCCACCCAGUUACCAAACAGGUGGACAGCCACUUCCUCAAAUGUCUCCAACUGGUCCUAGCACUCCGAGCACACCAGGGGUACAAGUUCCAUCAGGUCAGCAGAGUCCUGCUUGGUCCACUCCAAGUCCACAGCAACGAAAUUCACUGAUGGCACAGAACCCUUUGCUUAAUGCACAACUUUCUUAUAUGAAAACUGAUGGAAGUCGACAGUUUGAUAGUGGUCGACAAUUCCAUGGUGGAGGGCGUUCAGGCCAUUUGCCGUCCAUACGCUCCAUGCCUAGCCCAGGUGCUCGUCAAUCUCCCUACCCCAAUAUGGGCCCCCCAACACCAGGAGCUGCUGGGCAAGGUGAUGCUGGACCCUAUCCUCCUUCUUCGCCCCAGCAGGGACAGUCAUCUUUACUUUACCAGCAGCAGCAACAGCAACAGCAGCAGUAUCGCUGCUUACAGCGUACAAUAUCAGCUCCUGGGCAGAUGUCAGGUGUGCACUCCCCGCGCAGUGCUCACCACUUCCCGCCGGCCCCGGGCCACCACCAUGACCCACCCGCACCCCCUCCCCACCUGCCACCAGCUGGAGGCGGCCACCUCCCAAGCCCACACUCAGUGCCACCUUCCUCCUUAGCUCAUCCCCACAUGGGUCACCAUCACCCUGGACCACUCCCCCCUUCAUUAAUGGCCACAGCUGGUUCCUCCAUUGGACCCACCACAGUAACAUCAGCAGGGCCAGUUGAUGGUGGCCAGCACAUGAUGGGGGGAGGACCUAUGGGUGGGGGUGGUCUAGGGAGCGGUAUGCCAGGGCUGGUUGGAGGGGUAAUGUCCCAGGGCUACGGGGGGGAGCACCCACCCCACCCUCACAACUAUGAGGUGGCCGCCCACUACUUUGGGGGCUCUGACCCUGCCAGGAACUCCUCGGGCGGGAAUGGCAUGCUCAGUGAAUACACUCGAAACGAACUGCGGGCCCAUGUAGGUGCCCGGAGUACAGGGGGUGGUGGGGGAGGGGGACCUGCCUCCCCUUCCCCCAGCCAGCAACAGCAGCAACAACCACAACAACAGCAGCAGCAACAGCAGCAGCAGCAACAACAGCAACAACAACAACAACAACAGCAGCAGCAGCAACAGCAACAACAACAACAGCAGCAGCAGCAGCAGCAGCAACAACAGCAACAGCAACAGCAACAACAGCAGCAACAACAACAACAGCAACAAACACCUCCACCACAACACCUGGCCUACCAAACCCCCGACCACCACCACCAUCACCACCAUCACCUUGACCAGCCGCUACUUCACUCUUACUCCCCCUCAGAAAACAAUAAGUGGGUUGGAGAGAGUGUCAAUACAAGCCAGGCUGGAGGGCUGAGUGCUUCACCGAGAAUGGACGAUAGUCGUGGUAAUAGUGGGAAUGACAAAGAAAGUAUGUUGAAGCAUCUACUGUCCAAGUAACAUGCUUCCUGCCAAUCAUGCUAUGUCAUCCACAAUGUCACUCAUAUGGUUAAUCAGUCCCUACAGACCAGCCUGCUACCAGUCAUUGCAAGUUGCAGGAUGUGUCAUGGUAUUACCAUGGACAUAUUUUGGAGCACUUGUGCCUCACUGCCAAAAAAAAUUAUUGGAAUAGCAAAAAUAAAGAAAACCAAAAAAUAUACAAAAAUAUAUAUAUAUAUAUAUCCAUGUAUGUCGUUGAAACCAUUUAAGGUUUGGUGAUAAAGAAGGGAUAAUAAUAGAAAUAAUUAAAUGCAUACCGAAAUAUGACUUGUAUUAAGCACUUGUUGAAAAAUUUGGAACCAUGUUCAAUACUGAUGAAUAUAUCCUCAGGUCUAUAAUGAUAUGUCAAUAUGUAUUAAGAAAAAUAAACAUUUAUUGGCUUGAAUGUAAAAAAAAAUUGAUUAUUUUUGUUUAUAUUUAAAUGAUAGUGUAAAUGUAUACAAGAAAGAGGGCAGUUUGGGGUAGGCAUGCUCCAUUGUAAUGGUUGAGGGAAGCCAAUGUGAUGUUUUAAUGCCAGAGCAGUCCUGUGAUUUAAACUUUAACCAGUACAAAAGGGGGGAAUGCUAGAAAAUUAAAUGGGUGUUGGGAGUACGUGCAUCUUUCUUUCCCAUCUACCCACAAGUAAUGUGUACACACUCCCUACCUUGCUUUUACCAUUGAUUAUAUUAAGGAAAUGAUUUCUCUUCUAGGUAUAUGAGA